UGGUUCUGUCGGGGCUGUGGUGCUGGUGCCAGUGAAAUGGUUCUGACGGGCUGUGGUGCCAGUGAAAUGGUUCUGACGGGCUGUGGUGCUGGUGCCAGUGAGGAAUUGAGUGAGGGAUUGAGUCAGGUCAGCAGACAGGAGUGAAAGUGAAAGUAGAAGCAGAGGGAAAAGGGCAGUAGGAAGGAAAUCUGUGUAUUGUACUGGCUGGAGCUGAUAAACCUGGGAUUCCUGUAGAUAUAUAUGAGACUAUACUGAAAUAUGGGGAAUUCACAGGCUCGAGCCAUCCCAGAACUGGACCUGGCAGGAGGAGAGGUAUAUAUCAUGUCAGACAAUGAACUGUGGGAGAGACAUGUGGUGGAUCAGCUGCACCCUGGAUUGAUUAGACCGAUAUCUCUGUUAAUAGACUUCAUCAUCCGAGACCUGAGAGGAGUCCAGAAAGUAAAUGCUGAUGCAGGAGACAUGAUCGAAUUUCUGGGGGAGAAAUCCAAAUGGGCAGUUUGUACAGGAGGGGGUAAAGCUGCCUUUAGAACAGAGCAUGGACUGGUGAAGGAAGAGGACAUUGGGAGAAUUGCAGGAGGCCGUUCCUAUCAAGUCAAUAAUAAGUUUGACCGGAAACUGAAACCCCUCUCUGCCAAUUUAGUGAUCAAGGAUGUACACAGGCAGCUUGGGAGGAGAUGUGCAGAAGAAACUGAUGAACUAUUUGUUACACAACUGAGAUAUGGAAUUGCGUGUUCAAAUGAGAAUCCACCACCUAACAUUGGAGAGAUGCUUUGUUUUUUAUUCCAAAGCCAUGAACACUGGGGUAUUUACAUAGGAGACAAUUCUGUGGUUUAUCUUGACAGAGGUCUGCAGGAAGGAUUCUCUGAACCUUCAGAAACAGCUUAUGUACAGGAGAUCCCUUUAAACCAAGUAAAGGACAUCAGAGUCAUCAACAAAUAUGAUCAGAUGUUAAAGCCGAAAAAGCAAGGAGACAUCACAAUGGAAGCUAAACAAAAAACUGGGGAGAGAAUGACUUGGGGAGAGAAGAAUGACACUGAUCAGCUGUUUGUAACUGAACUGAGAUAUGGACUGAAGUUCUCCGAUAAGCGACCGCUACCUGAGGUUGGAGACCUGAUUGAGUUUCUCUGUGACUUCAAAAAUCAUUGGGGAGUCUAUGUUGGAGAUGGCAAGGUUGUGCACAGGACAGAGUUUGGAUUGGUGGAGGAAGCUUACGUUGGGAGAGUAUCAGAUGGACGUCCCUAUAGAGUCAAUAACAGAUUUGACCGGAAACUAAAUCCUCGCUCCGGCGCUUUAGUGAUUAAGGAUGUACGUAGUCAGUUUUGGAUGAGAUGUGCAGAGGAUAAUGAUGAACUAUUUGUUACCCGCCUGAGAUAUGGAAUUGCAUGUUCAGAUGAGAGGCCACUCCCUGAAGCUGGAGACCUGGUUCAGUUUCUUCGUGAUGUCAAAAAUCAUUGGGGGGUCUAUGUUGGAGAUGGCAAGGUUGUACACAGGACAGAGUUUGGAUUGGUGGAGGAAGAUUACAUUGCGAGAACUGCGGGUGUCCAUUCCUAUAGAGUUAAUAAUAAAUUUGACCGGAAACUGAAACCUCGCUCUGGGACUUUCAUGAUUAUGGAUGUACGCAGUCAACUUGGGAUGAGAUGUGCAGAAGAAAAUGAUGAACUAUUUGUUACACGUCUGAGAUAUGGAAUUGCAUGUUCAGAUGAGAACCCACCUCCUGACGCUGGAGAGAUACUUUGUUAUUCAUUCCAAAACCAGGAACACUGGGGUAUUUAUACAGGCGACAGCACUGUGGUUUAUCUCGACAGAGGCCUGCAGGAAGGAUUCUCUGAACCUUCAGAAACAGCUUAUGUACAGGAGAUCCCUCUAAACCAAUUAAAGGACAUCAAAGUUAUCAACAAGUAUGAUCAGAUGUUAAAGCCUAAAAAGCAAGGAGACAUCACCAUCGAAGCUAAACAAAGGAUUGGGGAGAAGAUGAUUUGGGGGGAGGACAAUGACACUGAUCAGCUGUUUGUAACUGAAUUGAGAUAUGGAAUAAAGGCCUCAAAUAAGCAGCCACCUCCUGAGCCUGGAGACCUGAUUGAGUUUGUCCGCCUGUGGGGUGUCUAUAGUCAUUGGGGAGUCUAUGUUGGAGAUGGCAAUCUUGUGCACCUGCAACCGGAUUCUAGCUCAAUAUUUGACUCAUUGUCUUCAUUUAGACAUCAAUGUCAAGCGAUGAGCAGCGCAAUGAUCCCAGGGAAUUUUAAUUUGAUAUUGGAUCCAAUGUCUCCAGUGGGGGUUUCACUGUUAGAUCAAAGGCUAAUGGCCAAGAGCAUCAUUUCCGAUAAAGAUGGGAAAGUUCUCGAGGAACCUGUGAAAUCUGUGGCAAAGGGCAGCAAAUACCGUGUGAAUAACAGCUAUGAUAAAUACUAUGAACCCAGGAGGAAGGAAGACAUAGUAGAAACGGCAAAGCAAUAUGUUGGGAAAAAAAUGACUUACAAUCUGUGUAAAUAUAACUGUGAGCACUUCGCUACAUUCAUGAGAUACGGCGUGGCUUUCUCUAAACAGGUGGAAGAGUGGACAAUACCUCACCUUUUCUGUAGACAAAAUGGUUCCUGCGAUUGUGAUAUUGAGGCUUUUCUAGCAAUAGUAAAUGACCCAACUCUUCAAGAAAUCAGACAGCUCCUUCAGCAACAUGGUCUGGAUCUUCAAGCAAUGGCUCAACUUCACCACAAUUAUCUGACUCUUUAAGACAUGGCUCAGGUUCUGUGGCACAAUUCUAACCCCCCGGCCAAUUUUUAAUAAAAAACAUAUUUGUCCAGACGCAGUAACGCAUAUCAACAAGGUCGGACUGGGCUCUCUGGCUCAGACCUGCUCCCUAUGUGAAGCCUUUUCCACGGCUUCCAACCUCCCUCCCUCCUGCAAGAGGAAGAGGUGCGGAGGGAGGUUGAGGCUCAGCAGGGGGCCAGAAGAGGCUUUGUGUCUGAGGCUGGGGGGCCCAGAAGCAGCAGCCCUUGCGGACCCCCCAGUCUGACGCUACAUAUCGACCAAUCUGAUAUUUGCAAGUGAUUGGUAAAUAAGCAAUUCAUAUUUUAUAAGCCCAGUUGUGUCAUGUCGACCUGUAUGCACUUCUUCAUUGGCUCAUUAUCAUUUCAUCUCUUCACUUCAGUUAUUGCUGGAUAUGGGUUUAAUUACACAUUCCUUUCAGUAUGAAUUUCAGCCAUUCCAAAGCCAGGCUUAAUGAGUGUUUGUCAAACUUAUCAGCCAGUUUCUGAAAGCUAAGGAGGCAUUUUAUUGCCAAUAGUUUAGCUGCAAUAGUGAAAUCUAUAUCACUAUAUUUAUUCUGUAGAAU